AUGUCUAAGAAUAAAUUAAACUUGACCCUUCCACCAGGGUCUAUAGACACAGCUCCGGCUAUAACACCGUCUAAUAUGACCCCACAGCUGAAAUCUGCAACAGCAACUGAACGGCAGGGUUUAGCUGGGAAGUCUAAAACUAGCAUUGAAGCACUCACUGAAAGACUGGAACAAAUAGAAAUGGAUGAUAACCAGAGACGUAGAAUAGAAGUUUUUCUUUGUCAAAAGGAAAAGAUCGGAGAGCUCAGUGAUGAUGAUUUUGAAAAACUAGGAGAAUUAGGGCAAGGUAAUGGAGGUGUAGUCAUGAAAGUCCGGCAUAAGUCUACUGGGCUUAUAAUGGCAAGGAAAUUAAUACAUCUGGAAGUGAAGCCGGCUAUUAAGAAACAGAUCAUCAGGGAGCUAAAAGUGCUUCAUGAAUGCAAUUUUGCUCACAUUGUUGGCUUCUAUGGAGCUUUCUAUAGUGAUGGGGAAAUAUCUAUUUGUAUGGAAUAUAUGGAUGGCGGUUCCUUAGAUUUGAUAUUGAAAAAAGCUGGAAGAAUUCCAGAGUCCAUUUUAGGAACUAUAACAUCAGCUGUUCUCAAAGGUUUGAGUUAUUUGCGCGAUAAGCACGCCAUAAUGCACCGUGAUGUGAAACCGUCCAAUAUAUUGGUGAAUAGUAAUGGUGAGAUAAAGAUAUGUGACUUUGGUGUGUCUGGCCAGCUUAUUGAUUCUAUGGCAAAUUCAUUUGUGGGCACUAGAAGCUAUAUGUCGCCGGAGCGUCUUCAAGGUACACAUUAUUCGGUGCAAUCUGAUAUAUGGUCGUUGGGUUUGUCGCUUGUUGAAAUGGCCAUUGGCAUGUAUCCAAUCCCUCCACCGGAUGCUAAAACAUUGGCCGCCAUUUUCGGUGGUCAAAAUGAAGAUCACUCGCCGGGACAGGCUCCAAACUCUCCUCGACCUAUGGCUAUAUUCGAGUUACUCGACUACAUAGUCAACGAACCGCCACCGAAAUUACCAUCAGGAAUAUUCUCUGACGACUUCAAAGAUUUCGUCGAUCGCUGUCUCAAGAAGAAUCCGGACGAGAGGGCUGAUCUUAAAACGCUCAUGAACCACGAGUGGAUCCGUAUGGCGGAUGCUCACGCGGCGGACAUAGCGGGCUGGCGAAAAAGGGUCAAAACAUUUCCCAAGAGAAAGCAAGCGAGACAAUUAGUGAGGAUGGCGCGGAAUAGCGCUGCAACAGUCAACUCUAACCAUUACUGGAGAUGUGAUUCAUCGAGUUAUUCAUUUGCAUACAAAAUAUAUUAA